AUGGCGGCUCCCAGCGGCCGCCGGCCGCAGCCCGCGGGGCCGGGCGGGGGCAGCGCGGCCGGGCCCGGCGCUCUGCGGGGCGCCGAGGAGGACGCCGAGGGUCUCUACGUGGCGGUGGAGCGGUGCCCGCUCUGCAACACCACGCGCCGCCGCCUCACCUGCGCCAAGUGCGUGCAGAGCGGCGAUUUCGUCUUUUUCGACGGGCGAGACUCUGAGAGGUUUUCAGACAAGAAAGAAAGGCUGAUGCAUCUUAAAACCAAACAGAGAGAAUUCCAAAAACAUGUUUUGAAGGCCAUGGAAGGGAAAGAAAUAACUGAUCAGCUGAGAUGGAAAAUAAUGUCUUGCAAGAUGAGGAUUGAGCAGCUGAAACAGACCAUUUGCAAAGAAAAUGAUGAAAUGACAAGACACACAGAGGGGCUGCUGAGGAUUAAAGAGGAGAACCAGAAGCAUUAUCGCAGGGCUCAGAGGCACCAGGAGAAGAAGGAGAAGAUCCAGAGGCACAACAGGAAGCUGGGAGACCUGGUGGAGAAAAAAACCUACGACCUGAAAACGCAGUACGAGCACCUGGCGAAGCUCCGGCGCGCGCACAUCCUGGAGCUGACCUCGGUCAUCUUCCCCAUGGAGGAGGUGAAGACAAGCAUGAGGGACCCUGCGGACGUGUCCUCGGAGAGUGACAAUGCCAUGACCUCCAGCACUGUGAGCAAGCUGGCAGAGGCACGCAGGACCACCUACCUGUCCGGGAGGUGGGUGUGUGACGACCACAACGGCGACACCAGCAUCAGCAUCACGGGGCCCUGGAUCAUCCUCCCCAACAACGGGGACUACUCUGCUUACUACAACUGGGUGGAGGAGAAGAAGACUACACAGGGACCUGAUAUGGAACAUAAUAACCCUGCCCAUACCAUCAGUGCAGCAUUGUGCUAUGCAACUCAGCUCGUUAACACUUUGUCUCUCAUACUUGAUGUAAAUCUUCCCAAGAAGCUCUUCAACAGUGAAUUCUGUGGAGAGAAUCUCAGCAGACACAGGUUCACAAGAGCAGUGAAGAAGCUGAAUGCUAAUAUCCUUCACCUCUGCUUCUCUCAGCAUGUAAAUCUAGAUCUGUUGCACCCCCUGCAUACCCUCAGGAACCUCAUGUACCUGGUCAGCCCAGACACCGAGAACUUGGGCAGGUCCGGCCCCUUCGAAAUCAGCGCCGACCUGGAGGACUCCAUGGAGUUCGUGGAGCCCAGCGCGGCGGGCGAGACGGACGAGAGCGGCGACGAGCAUGUGAGUGACGAGGAGACGGACCUGGGCACGGACUGGGAGAACCUGCCCAGCCCCAGGUUCUGUGACAUCCCCUCGCAGCAGGUGGAGAUGCUGCAGAGCCAGAGCAGCCAGGUGUCCCAGCCCAUCGCCAGCAGCAGCGCGGGCGGGAUGAUCUCGUCCGCCGCCGCCUCCGUCACCUCCUGGUUCAAAGCCUACACCGGGCACCGCUAGCGGGCACAGGAACCCCUCCCCGACUGUGCUGUGGUCAACCUUUACCGAUUCAGUUAAGUAGUGCCUGGAACAAAGGAAAGGUCAGACUUCUGUUUUGUAAACCGGAGAAAACCUUUUUAUUUCCCCAAGAUGACUGUGACGGCCCCUUUUGUAAAUUAGCUCCGUGCUCCCGACGGAUUCUGCGAGGGCACUUCACGUCUUGGUUCUGGCUGCAUCCAGGAUUGGCCAAGGACCCAGCAACCUCCAGCUCUACUUUCUGAAGCAGAAACAGAUUUUGGAGUGUUUGGAUCGGGACGAGCGCAGGGAAGGCUGCUCAGGACACGGUCUGGACAGUGGUGCAAAUGCAGUUCCCACUUUCUUAACUCCUUACAGGGUUUUCCUUUGUGUGUGUGUGUGUUUUAAAUCUGUCUUGCAUAAUGCAAAAAUGCGUAUUUCUAAAUUUUUUUCAUUCAGGACAUGAAAAUUAUGCAUUUUUAACAUGUUUUCUAAUCUCUGUUGCCAUAUUUUUAAUACAAAUGAUCAGCAUGGACAGGGAAUUCACACAGCAAAUUGUUCUUGGUUUAGAUUUGGUUGUGAAUCUUUACCCGGUUUUGCCAUAGCAAACUGGCUUGUUUCAUGCUGUUUCCAUUGGUAGAUGUAGAAGUUUUGUGUUGUGCUGAGGCACACAGGCUCUGUACUCUUUAUACCAUACACCAAAGAAACACUGGACAUUCUCUUUCUAGACCCACAUUCGAUGCUGAUACAGAAUUGCAUUGUUGCAAUAAUAUCCAUCGGUUACCACACCAUGUUGCCACUUUUUAGCAUUAGAAAAAACCCCAUUUCAAGCCAGUUUGGUGAAGUCACACACCCUCCACACUACAUGUGUUUUUAACCCUAUUUUAUUGUAUGUUUGUGGUGGGGUUUGUUGUUUACUGACUGCCAAGAAGUUGGUUUGGUUCCCCUGGCACAGCUGGCUCGUGGAACCCCGAGAGGUGGGUGCUGAAUUGGUGAGCAAGGGCUCCUCCUCUUCCUCUGCCUUGCAGGGUGGGACACCCACGAGUGGUUCGCUCAGCAGAGCUUCCAACGUUUACAUUUAGAGCUGGGACAGUUCCCCCACAGGGCCAGCCAAGGGAAGAGCCUCCACCAGGGAGGAUUUCUGCCACUGCCCCGCAGCUCCUAACGAGGACGUGGUGCCAGAGGCCACAUCCCUGCCCGAUCCCAGCUCCAGGCUGGCUUUCCCAGCCACCUCACAGGGUGUUUUGUGGUGGAUUUCUCUCUCCCUCUCCAGCCUGGCCAGUGCUGCCCCUGUCCCCACCCAGGAGGGGUGGGAAGCCAGGUGUGGCAGUGACACCUGUGUGCCACCCACCUUUCCACAGCAGCUGCUUCUCUUUAGCCCUGAGCUGGGCAUCUGUUGCCAGUAGUUUCUUCUAAUUUUUCUUUUUCUUUUAUUUUUUUUUUAAACCAAAGACCCUUAACUCCGCGCGAGCACCGCGCACGUCGUCAGCCAGCGUUGCCAGCCUCGCUCCUCUGCUCCUCUGCUCCAAGAGCUGGGUUUGUUCCAGGAGAACAGCCCAGGCCCCUGGGCUGCUGCAGCCUGGUGGGGGCCAGUGCCCCCAGCCCCGCUGCCAGCCUGAGCCCCCGGCUCUGGGCUCUGUUGGCUCACAGCACUUUAUCACUCACAGCUCUGAGCAACCAGCACACGCCAGUAUUGGAAACUGGGCUCACAGCCCAGCCCCUUCUGCUUCCCCGUGGAUUUUGCACUGGACCCUGCCAUCUAAAUACCUUUUUUUUGUUGUUUUUUCAUAGGCAUUUCAGUCCCUUUUUCGUUGCUGCCUUUGUGCUUUGAGCCCCUGAAGGUCAGGCCAUGACUCAGCUUCGUGCACUGUCACUGAACUUAGGGAAGGAAAAUCCAACACAAUAACUUUUCUAAGCCAUAUACUUCCUAUCCAUGUUUUCCAAAAUAAUUUAUUUGCAAGCGUGUCAUACUCUGAGAGUACACAAGGGCACCGUGAGGGUGUUCAAAUGUGUUGGGGUGGGGCUUUUCAUGGAAUCUUUUUUUGUAACAGAACACAAGGUUGUGGUGGUUUUUUUUAAGUGUUUUGCACAUGUGUAGCUGAGGAAAAAUUGUGUGUGUCCAAACCUUGAGUGCAAUCACCAGGAUUUGUUUCCCAGGUUAUUUGGGGGGGAUGAGGGAGGGAGGGCAGGAAUAUCCAUAAUUAUAAAUAUUUCAAGGCAGCCAGCUGAGAGUUUACAAAACUUUUUGUGUAGCAUGAACACAGGAAUUUCACUUCAGGCCGGAAUUGUGGUCACGAGCAAGCAGUGACCUGGGGUGGCCAAUUUGGGCUGCCAAGGACGAGCCUGAUUUCGGGGGCCCAGCCCUGUGCCGAAAAUCAGGUGCCUGUGCAGGGUCUCGGGUGGGACACCCGGGGUGGCUUUUUCACCUGGGGAAACUCACGGCCCCUCUCUCGCAACUUCCGGACUUAAGAUGUAACUAAACACAAAUGGUUUGGUUUUUUUCGUUGUUUUUGUUUUGUUUUUUUUUUUCCUUCUAAAUUUUAUUGUAUUAUUGCAAUAAAUCUUUAACAGUAAUUUUUUUUUAAAGUUGUAUAUUUAUGACUGUUACUUCGGUGUGGUUUGUUUUUCACCGUGCUGGGCAAAGUACACAAGAAUUUCCAGCCUUCAAAGCAUCACAGGGACCAGACCUGUUACAGUGCAAUCAGUCAUACAGCGGUGGAAUAAGCAAUA